AUGAUGCGCAGUGCGCUUCUACUCACUUUCAUUCCCCUGGUCUUGGGAUGCAACAAUCCCGCCAGCCAUGCUUGUGCCUCUGCAUACACUGCUUCCGCUGCUGAGGCUUCUGCGUUCUGCGCUACCUUCACAGCUAGCGUCGUGACCGAAACUGCCGGCCUCCCAGCCUUCGCUUCGGCCUGUGACUCCAAGCCAAGCCACCUGUCGACCCCUGCCCAAACCAGUGCUGUUGCUCUGACUAGUACCACACCUGUCUACAUGAGUCCUGCUACAUCUAGCGCUGCCACCGUGGUGUCCAUCGAGACCCCCGCCGUCUCCCAGACCACCCUGGUGAGAAGUGUUCGCCCUGUUGUCAGCGCUUCGUCUGAAGUUGCUACCCCCGAGAUUACCAGCACUUCCUCCGCAGUUCCUGUCCCCGAGACCACCGAGGCAACCACCUCUUCCUCCACUUCUAGCCCUGUCGUUGACGCUUCUGCUUCUGGCUCGGCCUGUGUUGUGUCCGAAUACGCAUCGCUCUCCUCUGCCGUCGCAUCCUGUACCAACAUCAUUUUGUCUGAUCUCUACGCGCCUGCUUCUAGCACCAUUGAUUUGCAGAGUCUCCAGACUGGUACCACAGUUACUUUUGCUGGUACUACCACCUUCGGUGAUACCUUCGACGACGACUUUGACCCCAUCGUUAUCUCGGGAACUGAUCUUACCAUCACUGGUGCUUCGGGCCAUGUCAUCCAAGGUAACGGUGAGGCCUACUGGGAUGGCGAGGGUUCCAACGGAGGACAGGACAAGCCUGACCACUUCAUCGUCGUUAAGGAUACCUACAACUCCAAGAUCACCAAUCUGAACAUCAUGAACUGGCCCGUCCACUGCUUUGACAUUACUGGCUGCGAGCACCUCACCAUUUCCGGAGUUGUCCUGAACAACACUGCCGGUGAUGAGCCCAACAGCGCCAGUGGUGAUGACCCGGCUGCUCACAACAGCGACGGCUUUGACAUCUCCUCCAGUGACUACGUUACUCUCGAGAACAUUGAGGUCUACAAUCAGGACGACUGUGUCGCUGUCACCAGCGGAACCCAGAUCGUUGUCGACAAUAUCUACUGCUCUGGAGGACACGGUCUGAGCAUCGGUUCCAUUGGCGGCAAGAGCAACAACACCGUAAACGGAGUUACCUUCAAGAACUCCCAGGUUGUUAACAGUCAGAACGGCUGCCGCAUCAAGUCCAACGCCGACACCACCGGCAGCGUCAGCAACGUUGUUUACCAGAAUAUCACCCUGUCUGAAAUCUCAGACUAUGGUAUUGACAUCCAGCAGGACUACCUCAAUGGCGGUGCCACUGGCGACCCUACAAACGGCGUCACCAUCAGCGGCGUUACUUUCACCGGAGUCACCGGCACUGCCACCGACGACGCUUAUGAUUACUACAUUCUGUGUGGUUCUGACAGUUGCUCCGACUUCACCUUCACCGAUGUUUCCAUUACGGGUGGUGGCGAGACUAGCAGCUGCAACUAUCCCUCAAGUGGAUGCCCUUAA